AUGGCGAAUCAAUCCUUGGUUAAAGUUGUUCAAUGCACACAAAAGAUUUCGAUACCAUUAGUUUGUUUAAGUGUCAUAACAUUAUUUAUUUAUUUGAACCGCAUACAACCCCAUUAUUACGUUGAUGAAGUUUUCCAUGUACCCCAGACAUUGCAGUAUUGUGCAGGUAAUUUCACACAGUGGGAUCCAAAAAUUACUACUUUACCUGGGUUAUAUCUAAUUGCAACUGUGAUAUUGUCACCCCUAAAACUCUGUAAUAUUUUUUAUUUGAGAUGCAUAAAUUUGCUUGGAACAUUUCUUAAUUUUUAUCUUUCUCUUAUUAUACUUAAACAAAUUUCAAUAACUCAUUGGAUGCAAAGGUGGAAUGGUUGGAAGAAACUUGUUAUGGCUUAUAACAUUAUGUUCUUUCCACCAUUAUUUUUCUGGCAUUUCUUAUAUUAUACAGAUGUUAUAUCUGUUAAUGCAAUAUUACUAAUGUUAUUAUUACAUUUACAUAAAAAAUUUACAAUCGCAGCUUUUGUAGGUCUUUUGUCUGUGAUAAUUCGCCAAACAAACAUUAUUUGGGUUGCAUUUGUUACUGUGGAACGUAUAUUUGAUUUGCUAGAUCUUAAAAUAAAGAAAUCAAUGUCACGUGAACAAUAUAGUUCUAUUAUUUAUUUAAGACUGUUAUGGAAGAAGAUUGUAGAAGAAAUAUGCCAUGGAUGGACAUCGCUUAUAAAAUUUAUCCUUCAAUUAUGUAUUCAAUUGUUUCCAUAUGGUGUAGUAUGUUUAACAUUUGUUGCCUUUAUUAUUUGGAACAAAGGAAUUGUAGUUGGAGAUAAAACAGCCCAUGUUCCCACUAUUCAUAUCCCUCAACUAUUAUAUUUUUCUGCUUUUCUGUUUUGUUUCUCAUGGCCAUACAUGAUUGUUAAUUGGAAGGAUUAUUUUAAAUUUAUAAGUAAACAUUGGAUUUUUACAGGCUGCAUUUUAGUACUUUUAACUGUAAUAGUUCAUUUUAAUACUCUUGUUCAUCCAUAUGUAUUAGCUGACAAUAGGCAUUAUGUGUUUUACUUUUGGAAUAAGUUUAUGGGAAGGUACAGGUUGUUCAAAUAUUUAUUAGUACCCUUAUACUCAUUCACCUUGUACACAAUGUUUCAUGGAAUCAAACAUUUAAGAUUUAUAACACAGAUCAAUUACAUUCUUAUGAUUUCUGCAGUACUCAUUCCUCAGUUACUAAUAGAACCACGUUAUUUUAUUAUGCCAUAUAUACUUUAUCGUUUUUUAAUUGAGAAACCAAAAACAUGGCAAAUUAUAGCAGAAUCCAUAACCAUAUUGAUUGUGAAUUUUCUGCAAUUCUAUAUUUUCGCAAAUAAAGUCUUUUAUUGGAGAAAUCAACUUCAUCCUCAAAGAAUUUCCUGGUGA